UGAGGGGAGCGGCACGAGAAAGAGAGGCGCAGCCACCAAAGCCACAGCUUCAGCCUUUUGUCGGGCUACGCCUGGGACCUGCUGCCAGGAAGCUUCAGCCCCGCAGCUCCGCGUGCUGCAGUCUCAGGUUUCUUGGUCUCCAGAAAGGAAAAAAUUGACACCUUGCAUCCUGGAAGUUCAUUUAAGGGAUUGAAAUUAGGGACUUCUUUCAAAUUUGGACAUGGCUAAUCGAGGAGCAACAAGACCCAAUGGACCAAAUACUGGAAAUAAAAUAUGCCAGUUCAAACUAGUACUUCUGGGAGAGUCUGCUGUUGGCAAAUCAAGCCUAGUGCUUCGUUUUGUGAAAGGCCAAUUUCAUGAAUUUCAAGAGAGUACCAUCGGGGCUGCUUUUCUAACCCAAACUGUGUGUCUUGAUGACACGACAGUAAAGUUUGAAAUAUGGGAUACAGCUGGUCAAGAACGAUACCAUAGCCUAGCACCAAUGUACUACAGAGGAGCACAAGCAGCCAUAGUUGUAUAUAAUAUCACAAAUGAGGAGUCCUUUGCCAGAGCCAAAAAUUGGGUUAAAGAACUUCAGAGGCAAGCCAGUCCUAACAUUGUAAUAGCUUUAUCAGGAAACAAAGCUGAUCUUGCAAAUAAAAGAGCUGUCGAUUUCCAGGAAGCACAGUCCUAUGCAGAUGACAACAGUUUAUUAUUCAUGGAGACAUCAGCUAAAACAUCAAUGAAUGUAAAUAAAAUAUUCAUGGCAAUAGCAAAAAAGUUGCCCAAGAAUGAACCACAGAAUCCAGGAGCAAAUUCUGCCCGGGGAAGAGGAGUAGACCUUACUGAGCCCACGCAGCCAACCAGGAGUCAGUGUUGUAGUAACUAAACCUCCAGUUUGAACUAGCUGGAAUAUUCUUCUGCUUCCUAAAUGUUAACAAUGAAAUUGGAGCAUUUAACCAGCUCAGUAUGACUUCCAAAAAGAAGAGACUUAUGACAGAGUCAAGUUUCUAAUACAGAAUUAUUUUAAGUGUUUUGAACUUAAUUUUUAAUAACAUGCAUGUGACCCUCUGACUAAUGUUUCAUCAGUAGAAGGGGGAAAUGAGAGCUGUGUGUACACUUGUUUCCUUGAAAGGUUAGGGGGAAUCAUUUCUUAUCACCAGGGGUAUAGACAAAUGACUAUCUGAACCCUCGGUUAGCCAGCCCGUUCUCUGAAAAAGAUUUGGAACUUAAUAAAUUGAGCUUUUCAAAAACAUUCUUUUUUUAGAAGCAGGUUCUAAAUAUAUUUAUGCUUAGCUACAGUAUUCAGGCAACCAGUAAUUUCUCUUAGUAUUCAUAUUUAAAGUAUACAUUCCACAUUUUAGCAAAUUACCCACAAGAAAAAGUAAUCCCACAUCUUCAUGUGGAAAAAAAAAAUGAACAUUAAUGGCAUCUAAAUUGUACCGGUCCCCAUUUUUGGGGU